CAGGAACUGCACUGGCUGUACGUAGAGCGACUUCCGGUUGAGCAUUCUGACGACUUCCGCUUAGACCCACGUUCUUGUCGUUCUCGUGUUGCUAAAAAGGAAUAGUAAAAUUCGCAAAAAUGAGACCGUUAACGGAAGAGGAAACAAAAGUAAUGUUCGAGAAGCUGUCGAAGUAUAUUGGUGAAAACAUAAAACUUCUAGUGGACCGACCCGAUGGUACCUACUGUUUCAGGCUACACCAGGACCGUGUGUACUACAUGAGUGAAAAAAUCCUGAAGCUGGCUACAAACUUCUCCCGGGACAAGCUCAUUUCAGUUGGGACGUGUUUUGGGAAGUUUACAAAGACCACUAAGUUCCGCCUGCACGUCACUGCGCUGGAUUUCCUCGCGCCCUAUGCAAAGUUUAAGGUGUGGGUGAAACCUGGAGCAGAGCAGUCGUUCUUGUAUGGAAACCAUGUGCUAAAAUCUGGUCUCGGCAGAAUUACUGAAAAUACCAUGCAGUAUCAAGGAGUCGUGGUUUACUCCAUGGCUGAUGUACCUUUGGGCUUCGGAGUGGCAGCAAAGUCGACCCAGGAGUGUCGGCGAGUGGAUCCUAUGUCCAUCGUUGUGUUCCACCAGGCCGACGUGGGAGAGUUCAUCAGAAAUGAGGACACACUGACAUAAAGACACAGAAACUGGAUGGACUUCUUUUUAUUCAGAUUCGCACCCAGAAUGACUUGAUUUACCCACUCACUGCCUCGUGGUGAUGUGGCUGAAUCAAGACUCCUCUAACAGAACCUUAACUGGACUGUGUUUUUUCUACAGACACAAGACUGAAAUAAACUGUUUUGUAAUCUCA